UCAAUUAAGAUUUACGAUCAAUUUUCAAUAUUAUUUUGAUUGAAAAGCGAUAUAAACAGGUAAUCUUAUAAAUGAACCCAGAAAAACAACCAAUUCAAUAUUUCGCGUCCAUCAGAAUCAACAUGUCCAAAUUUAUUUUACACGGGACCUUAAUCAUUCUUGUAUGGAGCUGUCUUCACAGUAAAAUUUCAGGAUUUUUUCUCCCAGCAUAUGAAGAUAGCACUUUGAUACAUGUAUCAACAGGAAAUGAUGGUCCAGAUUAUGCUCCUCCAGGAUAUGGCUCUCCAGGAUAUGGUUCACAAAGAUAUGGUCCUCCAGGAUAUGGCUCUCCAGGAUAUGGUUCACAAGGGUAUGGCCGUCCAGAAUAUGGAUAUGGAGGUUAUCCAUCCUAUGCGGAUUCAGAACCAACGAUCAUAAUAGAUGCCUAUUGAACUGAUAAUAUUAAAUAAAUACUGACCAAACAUCUUA